AUGCCAAUCAUCCGGCCCGCUGGGUGCGCUUCUCAGCUCCCCGGCCCUGGAUCCGAAACGAUUCUUAAGCAGCUGAAGGCCGCCGGCAUGACAUGUAAGGAGGCUAGGCACGCGACGUUCCGUCCGAGGCAGUGCAAGGCCGCCGGCUACACCUACGAAGAAGCAAAGCAGGCCGGCUACGCCUAUUUUGAACUCCACUGGAACCGAGGUGAUGAGACGGAGAGUGUGCACCACAAUGGUUGGGACAUCGACGAGCCGUCACCUCAGCCGACGGGCACCCAGCGCGUUGUCCGCGAGUAA